UCUGGCGAUUUAAAGAGACCCUAACCCAAUAUUGUAGAUCUCUGUUUGACUCUUCUCUCUCUCUCACUCUCUCUAUCAUUUCCAAUAUCCAACCUUUCAGUUCUUGAGUUCUGUCUCCGACUUCUUCACUAACCCAGAAAUGGCAGGAAAAGGUGGAAAGGGUCUUUUGGCUGCAAAGACAACAGCAGCAAACAAGGACAAAGACAAGAAGAAGCCAGUAUCUAGGUCUUCUCGUGCUGGUAUUCAGUUUCCUGUUGGCCGUAUCCACAGGCAUUUGAAGCUUAGGAUUGCAGCUCAUGGGCGAGUUGGGGCUACUGCUGCAGUCUAUGCGGCAGCAAUUCUCGAGUAUUUGACAGCAGAAGUACUAGAACUUGCUGGAAAUGCAAGUAAGGAUCUGAAAGUGAAGCGUAUUACUCCAAGGCAUCUCCAGUUGGCCAUUAGAGGUGACGAAGAACUUGAUACUUUGAUCAAGGGAACCAUCGCUGGUGGUGGUGUUAUUCCUCACAUCCACAAGUCUCUCAUUAACAAGGCCACCAAAGAAUGAAAAACUAGGGUUCCCACUAGGGUUUCCUGUAAGUUUAAUGUCUUUCUCUGGUCUCUUAUUUUACUUUCUGCCAAUUAGGGACUUGGUGUUGGUUGUACCUUGUAAGUCUUAAAUGUGUUGGUGGGGCUUGAUUAGACAUAGUAGUGUUCAUACUAGUUUCAAUUUCUUGAACCACUUCAUCUUCUUUCCUUGCUUUCUAACUUAGAUUGGAUCUGCUUAAUGAACUAGUGAUUGUUGACUAAAUCUGUUAUUUCCUUUGGAUUGCAUCUUUUA